GUUGUUGAAAGGUAUAAGAUAUGCCUAAACAACACAAACUUCCACAUUUUGGCAACUCAUGACGACAACCCAGGACUGCUAAACCCCUCAAAAGUUUAGAAAUGUGGAUAAAAGUAACAAGCUUACUGUUGCAGUAGGCUAAAUUUACAUAAAUUACUAACAUAUUUAAAUAUAACAAUAUAUCUAUCCCCUAAUAAAAAUUAUUUUGUUAAAGUCAUUGGCCGGACACAAUAGAAUUGUGAAUCAACCUUGCAAGCAAAGGGUUAAAAGGUGUCACGGAGCCUUGCACACAGGUGCCUUUUCUCCAGUCCGCGUCAGAGACUGAAGUCUCUGAAGACUUUUUAGUAAGAUCAUCAUAACUGUAACUCGUCUGCGAUCUGCAGUCGGUAAAGACUAGCCACUGUAAUUCAUGUAGUUUCAUCCCAAGUAAUAGGUUUCACAUACCGCUACCUAAUCUCUUCGGACUAUUAUACGUGGAUUCACACAGACUGGGGAGUCCUCCUGCUACAAAUCGCGUUGAACACAUGUCUCCACGCCGUUUUUAUUUGUCAAAUUAGUUCGUGUACAUUUUGCUGGGUUGUUAAACUGACAGGUUUUCACAUCGGAAAGUAAACUUCAACAUUCAAAUACGUUUUUAAUUAUUUGGGAUCUUUGCGAUCGUCCGUUACGCGCUGGAUAUGUGGUGGAUGUUGUUUCCCCGGUGGAUUUGGUUUGUGUUUGGACGAUGUUUCGUCUUCUACUUAAUAGUAGACCACGCUCGGGUAAGAGCUAUGCCCAUGUCUGUUGCCAAAGUGGUUUACUCUCAUGCAGGAAUGUGUCCCAACGAGAUGAACCCCAACUUGUGGGUGGAUGCAAUGAGCACCUGCAUGCGCGAAUGCGAAUCCGACCAGGACUGUGAGACCUUCGAAAAGUGCUGCCCCAACGUGUGUGGUAACAAAAGCUGCGUGGCGGCGCGCUACAUGGACAUCAAAGGAAGCAAGGGUCCCGUGGGCAUGCCAAAGGGUGCCACCUGCGACAAGUUUAUGUGCACCCAGCAGGGUUCCGAGUGUGACAUCUGGGAUGGCCAACCCGUGUGUAAGUGCCGUGACCGCUGUGAGAGGGAGCCCCACUUCACUUGUGCCUCGGACGGGAUGACCUACUACAACAAGUGCUACAUGGACGCGGAGGCCUGUUCCAAGGGCAUCUCCAUCUCCAUGGUCACCUGCAGGUACCACCUCACCUGGCCCAACACCAGCCCACUUCCCCUGGAGACCACCCUGCGGCCAACCACCGCCCUCCUGGAAACCACCCUCCCCGCCGACAUCCACCCUCCCAGUAUACUCAGCAGCCCAACCCAGCAGGCUGUGUUUGUUGGCGAGACGGCCGGCUUCCUGUGUGAGGUUUCUGGAAAGCCCCACCCAGAAGUGACAUGGGAGAAGCAGCUGGAGGGGAAGGAGAACACGGUGAUGGGGCCCAAUCACGUGAAGGGGAACAUGGUGGUCACCAAUAUCGGCCAGCUGGUCAUCUACAACACCCAGCCGCAAGACGCUGGCAUCUACACCUGCACCGCCAAGAACGUGGGCGGCACCGUAGCCUCCCACUUCCCUCUGGCGGUCAUCCAGAAAACCCCAGGGCGCAGAGAGGGGGCUGGUGCGAACACAACCCACCUGCCCUUCCCCGCCGAGGAGUGUCUAAAGGGGCCGGACACAGAAGACUGUGGGGAAGAGAUCAUUAGCUGGCACUACGAGUCCAAGAGGAACAACUGCUUUACCUUCACCUACAGCCAGUGCAACAAGAACCGCAACCACUUUGACACCUAUGAGGCUUGCAUGCUGUCAUGUGGGGCAGAGUUGUCGGCUCCAUGCAGCCUCCCCAGCCUCCAAGGCCCAUGCAAGGCCUACGAGCCGCGCUGGGCCUACAGCAGCAGCCUCAAGCAGUGCCAGUCAUUCGUCUACGGAGGCUGUGGCGGCAACGAGAACAACUUUGAGUCCAAAGAAGCCUGUGAGGAGAUGUGCCCCUUCCCCAAGAACAACAACUGCAAGAUGUGCAAACCACGGGGCAAAAUGGUGGCCAUUUUCUGCAAGAGUGAUUUUGUGAUCCUUGGCCGUGUGACAGACCUGACAGAAGAGCAGGACUCGGGCCAUGCCCUGGUGACGGUGGAAGAGAUCCUGAAAGACGAGAAGAUGGGCCUCAAGUUCUUCGGCCAGGAACCCUUGGAGGUCACGCUACUCAACAUGGAUUGGAGCUGCCCAUGUCCCAACAUCACCAGGGCUGACAGCCAGCUCAUCAUCAUGGGGGAUGUCCACAACGGCAUGGCUGUUCUCCAGCCUGACAGCUUUGUGGGCUCCUCCAGCACACGGAGAGUCCGGAAGCUCCGUGAGGUUGUCCAAAAGAAGACCUGUGAUGUUCUCAAAGAGUUUUCCACCACCCAGUAGAUCUGUAUGAGAUUUCCUCUUUCCUGUUACCCCCCCCCCCCCUCUCUCUCUCUCUCUCUCUCGUUCUCUCUCUCUCACUUUCCGUCUGAAAAGAUCCUCAACAGUCUGCAGAGAACUAGUGUCCACAAUAUCUGUUGGGAGCUUUUUCAAAAUCUUUCUUUUUACAGGUCUGUUGGUACACAUUUCAGAAUUAGAACACAAUUUCAGGAAAUCACUUUCUAAGCAUUCAUGCUACCAGACUGGUUCAUUCUUUUUUCUGUCUCAAUACAUACCCUCCAAUGACCAGAACAAGGCUCUGAAGGACUUUGUGAAAGUAUCUCCCAAAUGAACAGUUUCAGCCACGCAAUGAUUUUUUUCUUUCCAUUGGCCCCCAUACUAAUAUUUGGGCAACAAAUGUUGGGACUCAAGUACGCACUGCACAUAUAAUAUGAGACUGGAGGUUCUUUUGAAAUGUGAGAUUCACUAUUUACUAGUUGAUAAAAAGUAUAUAGUAGUGGAAACUUGUAUCAAGCACUUAACAAUAUUCUAGUCCAACUAAAAUGAAAGUAAAUUUAAAUCCAAAAGUAUUAUCUUGAACAUACUAAUGCCUUACAGAUAGCUAUAAAUUGUAUUCCUUAACAAUAACUAUUAUUAUUCAUGGUAAGUGGGUUCUCAAUAGAGACGUUUUGUAAUAUAUGUUUUGAGCUCUUGAGCUUGCAAUGAAGUUAUGCCACAAGCUUCAACUAUCUACCAGAAUCAAAUAAGCUUUUUCAUUCCACUCAGUGGGAUUCACUUUUGAAUGACUUUAUGAACCUGUACUAAACAUCAUAUUUAUUUUUGAGUUGUCUUUACAUUGCUAAGAGCAGUUGGGAGAAUGUGUAAUCUUUUUCUUUGUAAAUUCAUUUGAGAAAGUUGACAAUAUGUAGGAAAGCAACAUAUUCAUCCAAUGUAGGAUGUUUUAGAAUCUACAUAAUGACAUUUAUGGAACAAAAUGAUAAAAAAAUAAAAACCUUCAGUUUU